GGGGAUAGGGAGAGAGGAUAUGGGAAGAGUUAUGGGAAAAGGGUGGAGUUAUGGGAUAGGGGAAGAGCCUAGGGCAACGUUUAGGGUUACAAUUAGGGCUACAUUCGGGGUAGGAUUAUAGGCCAAGACACUUCUGGGCCACAGCGCCGCCUAGUGGCAGCAAGGCGCUACCGCCGCGACCCCGUGCGACGUGGCAGGCCGAGGGGUGGAGAGAAGGCGGGCAGCAGCACCCCCUUUCCGCGACCCCGGGGUCUCUGGUCGGUCCGCUUCUCUCGGACCCAGCUGAGUCUGCCAUGGCCCACGAGGGCGCGAUCCGGGUGGCCGAGGACGCGGCAGACAAGUUCCUGCGCGUGACCAAGCACUACCUGCCGCACGCGGCGCGCCUCUGCCUGGUGAGCACCUUCCUGGAGGACGGCGUGCGCAUGUGGUUCCAGUGGUCGGAGCAGCGCGACUACAUCGAGGGCAGCUGGGGCGGCGGCGCCGCGCUCGCCACAAUGUUCGUGCUUGUCAACCUGCUCGGCCAGAUAGGUGGCUGCCUCCUCAUCCUGUGCCGCAAGUUUGUUCCCCACGCCUGCUGCGGCCUCUUCGUCAUCAUCGCUCUGCAGACCGUGGCCUACAGCAUCCUGUGGGACAUCAAGUUCCUCAUGAGGAACCUGGCUCUGGGCGGGGGGCUGCUGCUACUGCUGGCCGAGUCGCGCUCCGAGGGGCGGUCGAUGUUUGCGGGGGUCCCCAGCGCCGGGGGGACGUCCCCCCGCCACCUCCUGCAGCUGGGCGGGAGGCUGCUGCUGGUGCUCAUGUUCAUGACGCUGCUGCACCUGGAGGCCAGCGCGCUCUCCGUGGUGCAGGACGUGGUGGGCACGGCCCUCAUGCUGCUGGUGGCCGUGGGCUACAAGACGAAGCUGGCGGCGCUCACGCUGGUGCUGUGGCUCUCGGCGCUCAACGUCUACCUGAACGCGUUCUGGACCGUGGCGGCCCACAAGCCCCUGCACGACUUCCUCAAGUACGACUUCUUCCAGACGCUGUCCGUCACCGGAGGCCUGCUGCUCGUCGUGGCGCUCGGCCCCGGGGGCGUCUCCGUCGACGAGAAGAAGAAGUGGUGACCGCCUCCGCCGUGCUGCACCGCCCGACCCCCGGCACGCCGACCUGCACCGACCGCUGCCCCUCCCCACCCCACCCCUCCCGACCACCCCCCGUCUGUGUGUGUGUCCGUGUGUGUCCGUGUGUGUCCGUAUGUGUCUGUGUGUGUCCGUAUGUCCGUGUGUGUCCGUAUGUCCGUGUGUGUCCGUAUGUCCGUGUGUGUCCGUUUGUCCGUGUGUCUGUGUGCGUGAGCAUUCAUCUCGGGCCACGUGGCGACAUGACUGCUCAAUUCAACCUUGCGUGCAAAAAUCAAUCAAUCGUUCGUUCGGUAGCCACGUGAAUCGCACGCGGGUCGACCGCCUGUGUUACGUUUCUGGUAAUGGGGAGGGGGGUGGGAUGGAUAAAACCGAAUGAGCAAAACCCCCAAAAGAGAUAAACAAUACAAAGGGGAUAUCAAAACGGGGCGUGUCGUGACGAUUCAGCAAAUAUAAUUUGGGGGGGGGGGGGGGAGAGGGGGGUUUGUAGUGAACCGUGAGAAGCUGAACAGUUACCAGUCACCAGUCACGUGUCCAUGCAGUGCAGAGGGUCAUGUGACCAGUCACUGUCACGGAGCGCACGCGGUGAAGGUGGCGCCUUCCCCCCCCCCCCCCCAUUUGCGGAGUCCGUACCCCCUGCGGAGUCUGUACCGCCCGUGAAGUGCGUACUCCGCGUGCCCCCCACGGAGUCCGUAAUCCGAACGCCGCCACCGCUGCUGCCCGGGGAUCGUGGCUGGCUGGGGGCGAGGCGGAGAGGGUCAGAGUUCACGGUGCAGUGACCUUGCGGUCCCACGCUCCCCGUCCCGGGCCCCGUCCACUCCCCUCCCCUCCCCGCGGCCCCUGCCGCUCCUCUCGUGGGCACCUCGCUCUGAGCCCCCCACUCCGUCUGGGUCCCCCCCCCCACGCUCUGUGAGCGACGGUUCCGUGCGAUCCACCCUCAGGGGCAGACGGCCUCCCAGCAACCAAAACGGUGCCCUACUUGGGCCCCCAGUCCGUGCGCUUGUGGCCCCAGCAUUCACGAUUUGGUGCGGGGGUGGUGGGGGCCCUGGACCCCUGGUCUUCUGGGUGGGCGCGGAGGGCGAGGUUGAGGGUGCGCGCCGGGAUGGGGACGGCAGGAGGAGGGGGAGAGAGAGGCGCUCGCCCUCCAGAGACGACGUCAGGCGGUGGUGAACGCUGCUUUCUCGGUGUGCGUUGUCCGUGUGGUGUGGUGGGGUUACAGUGUGGGUAGAGAGCGAUGUGUGUGUUUGUGUCUGGUCCUGCGGUGUGUGUACUGUAGAGUGUAGUAUGUACAUCGCAAUGUGGUGUGUGUAUGUGUGG